AUGGAAAACGAAGAUCUUCGCAUUAAGGAAAAUAACCAAGAUAAGUCUCAGAACAUUCUAAUUGCAAUGGCCAGGGGCAGCUCCGCAGAAGCGCUUUAUUUCAAGGGCCCAAGAGAAAGGUGGAUUCGUUUUUGUCUUCCCGAUGGCGGAUUCCUGCCAGAGAAAUCUACUUUCUCACAUGGGGAUACGGCGGUUUGCUUCAGGAUCAUCGAUCGGGACAUUGCAUCAAAGCUCUCGUUUGAAAUAUUUGCGACGGAGGAAAUUUCGAAAGUAAAGCACGAGUUGCAUCCAGAAAACGUGGUGCACUCUGCACGACUGGAAUUCUCAUUGCAUAUCGAUGGGAAGCAGCCUCGAUGUGUCCAGGACUUUGCCUUCAAGAAACAUUUCACAGUCAAGGCAACGGAAGGACAGUCCGGAGUCAAGUUACAGGAGGUUCCAUGCGGUAUUCGAAUCAUGAGGGUUGGAUCUGCCAUUAUGGCCCACGUUCAUCCGGAUUCUAAUCAAAUCAAAGAUAACCUAUUGACAACCGAGAUAAGAGGAACCGAGAUCCUGUUACCGGAAUAUACAGACGUGAAACUCAUUGUUAAAGUUCCCCAGGUCACAGGACCCGCCGUUGAGUGGAAAAUCAGUGGCUUCACAGUUACUGAGUAUACCGAGAAUUUAUUACCUGAUAAGCUAAACAUUGUUCUCUACGGCGGAAGGAUUAGCAAAUUACCAAAAGAAGAAUCUACUGUUAACUACGAUUGCAGCAAGACCACCGUUCUCACUGCGAUAGCAAUAUUUCUUUAUAACUGUGGUUUAAACGUCCUCCUCCUCGGAGCUAGUAAUACCGCUGUGGAUAUCCUGAUGGAUCAACUCACCGCACUGCAUAGCAUUCAUUACAAUGCAUAUGAAGUUGUCAACAACUACUUAUCUAAGCCAAAAGAUCAACGCCCGGGCCCUUCUUCCCCAGAGGAGGACGCAAAAUGGCUAGCAAAGGAGACCGCAUUCAAGAAAUACUGGGAUACCAUUGGUGAACUUGUGGUCCAGGAUGCAUCCAUUGUAGCCUACACGCACAAUCUAGCCGGCACACCUAUCGUCAGGAGAAAUCUUGCUGCAAACAGGAAGAAAAUUGUUAUUAUUGCAGACGAAGAUGGACAGGCUCUCGAGCCAGACGUGCUGAUACCUCUCGUUUAUCUAGACAGGCCGGGGGAUCCGCGCCUUUCGAAAUCUCCAUCCGCUUUCACUUACUAUGGGAAAAUGACUGACGACCCGAGCGUUCAAUCAAUUUCCAUUGAUACUAAGUUUUUAGAUGCGCUACUUGAUUGGAUCAAGACCAGAGUACCAGAUGUCAAUUUCGAAUCGGGCAUGGAACUCAUCGGCGUCAAUGUGAUGGAUGGGGAGACUGUGGUCAAUGACAGAACUCGGUCUCGUUCAAAUCUUGCCAAUGUCACUAUCUUUGAUGUUGACCCUGAGCACAUUGACAAUACAGCUAUAUGGGCUGAAGCCUUGAAUGUCCUAUCGAAAGGUCUUCCGUUUUUCGAAGAACGUUGA